CUUUCACUAUUUUUUAUUGAUUUGCGAAUUUUUCAGUCCUUUCCACAAGCGAAAAAGGAAAAAAAAGAAUGGCACACACACCCUCAGAAAAUAUAGACAACUCUCGUCAGAACUUUAUGCUCAAUGCCUCGCGUGCAGCGUUCAACAUAUGUCCACAGCUAGCAGCAUACUUUGGCAACGAGUUUCAGACAUCGUCCAAGGACCAGCACAUUGGCGUCAACAUACUGCGGCACAUGUGCCAGUACUGUGGAGUUCCCCUAAUCGAUGGCCGGAGUGUAUCUCGGGUUUCCAUAGUCAGAACAGCGACUCGUGCAGGAAAGAGUAGCACCACCAAAAUGGCCAGCACAGCAAAAGUCAAGGCCAAAACUAGGUCAAAUUCCAAACGCAAACGUGCACAACAGCCUAUUCCCGCAACUCCUAUCGGCCGUCGCGUAGUCAACGUUGGAUUGAACGACACUUUGUUUGCCGGCAAGCCCAAGCCGACCGGCGAACAGCGGCUGGCUGCGUUGCGGGAUCAGAAGAACUCGGUCGAGUAUGUUUGUGGUCUCUGCGAUUCGCGGGUUGUGUAUCCUGGCGCGACAAAGUCCAACUUGCGCGCAGCCGGGCUGGAUGACGAAGCCUGCCGUGCGACGGUGAAAUUAGAAACGCUCAACCUGAACUCGCCAAAGGUUGCUCUGCCAUCUGCCAAACCAGUCAAAGCUGCCGCUUCCCUGAAAGAUACUGCUUCGAAGAAGCAGGAAUAUUUUACAUCUACUUGUAUUGUUUCCCCUGGCCCCCAAGGUGCCACUAUCAACGCCCCAAAGCCCACUGCUUUGCCUGUCAAGUUACAAGGAACACCAGCAGCACCAUCACCAUCACCAUCACCAGCAGCUGUAGUAGUGACAGCUGUCGCCCCAAAGGCAGUUGGAAAGGCUGAUAAGCCAACGGCGGCGUCAUUUGAUCCACAGGCGAUGAAGCGCAAGCGCCACAAAAGCAAUUUAAUGGCGGCUGUUGCUGCCAACAAGAAAAAGGUCGAGGCCAAAAAGGCGGCCGAUAGCGGGGCAUUUAGUCUGAACAACUUUUUGUCCAAUCUUUGAUGUUUAGCUAUUAAAAUAAAG